AAGCGUCAAAUACGAUACGAACCUGUUGGAGUGUUUGUCUCUAGCUGUUACUGGCCCGCUGCUAGUGAGCCGCUGAAGUCUCAACGUGGUAGUGGUCUCCUCUAGGAACGCAAACAUGUUUUCUCUCAAGUCUCGGGGUGUGGUCCAGGUGACGGUAAACAUGGCAUCUAAGGGAUUUAUACAGAAUGCCACCCUCGAUUUUCAGCGGUCCUUUAGCAAAAUUGGAUUUAUUGGGCUGGGCAACAUGGGCAACCCUAUGGUUAAAAAUUUAAUGAAGAAGGGCCACAAAGUUGCUGUUUAUGACAUCAAAAAAGACAGUGUCGCUGACCUGGCCAAGGCGGGUGCCACUGGAUGCGGCAGUGUUGCUGAAGCAGUAGAUGGUGCUGAUGCAGUUGUCACUAUGCUUCCUGCAAGCAAACAUGUGCUGGAUACCUACACUAGGAAGGGUGGCAUUCUUGAAUCAGUGAAGAAGGGUGCUUACCUUGUAGACAGCAGCACUGUGGACCCCAGUGUAUCUCAAACCUUAGCACCCCUGGCCAAAGAGAAAGGAGCCACCUAUCUUGAUGGACCGGUGUCUGGCGGAACCAUUGGAGCCGAGGCAGGCACUCUGACUUUCAUGAUUGGUGGUGAGGAAGACGCCAGCAAGAAGGUGGAACCUUUACUAUUGUGCAUGGGUGGCCGAGUUGUCUACUGUGGGUCACACGGUAUGGGUCUGGUGGCCAAGAUUGCUAACAACAUGCUCCUGGGAAUCUCCAUGCUGGGUGUAUCUGAAGCCAUGAAUUUGGGAAUUAAAUUAGGAAUGGACCCUAAAACCCUGAUGAGCAUUUUGAACACAUCCACUGGCCGCUGCUGGUCUUCUGAAAUGUACAACCCAGUUCCUGGCAUGCUCCCUAAUGUGCCAAGCUCAAAUGGUUACAAGGGUGGCUUUGGAGUUGCCCUGAUAGCCAAGGAUUUAGGUAUCGCACAGAGUGUUGCUACCCAGUCUGGAAUCGCAAUUCCCAUGGGUGCCCAAGCUCACCAGAUGUACAGAAUGAUGGAGAUCAAGAAACUAGGUGAUAAGGAUCUUGCAGUUGCAUACAAAUAUUUGCAAGGAGAAUCUGUCUAGAUGGUCUUUAGAAGAACAAGCAAAUCUAUCAACAGAUCUGUUGCAAAUGACUUUAAACUUUUUGGUUUGUUAUCUUUUGAAAUAUUGUGAUAAUUUCAUAAUGUGUACUUAUUUUAUUUGUGUGGGCCUUAUGGUGCAGUGCAACACCUUUGAUUGAUUGAAAAAACAACAACAACAAUGCAUUGAAUGUUUUAUAUAUUAGCAAUUGGUUUCAUUGAUGGAAAAAAUUGUUAGAAAAUUAUACUUUUAUACCUCAAGUUCAAAGAUGUGUGCCAUAUUCAUGUGAUUCAGUAUUUUGUUUGUUAGAAGUUUUUUGUCUCUAUGUUCCAUUUAAUAGAAUGUAUCUGUGAGGACUGUACUUACCAGAGCUUUAACUCUUUGUUUUCUUGUUAAUUUGUUAUAAAAAUGCACUGCCAUGUGUUUUAUUUUAUUGUAUUCGCCAGUGAAAUCAUUGCACUCAUGUCUGUUGACCUUUUUAAAGUGAAAAUUAAAAUAAUGUUUUUUGUGCAGUA